AUGCUAGAGGACCUCUUCGCCAAGCAGUGGACGUCAGCGACCAAGUCCUGCGUAGAACGUAUGGAACCUCACGAUCGCAGAACUAUCAGAAGCUUCCGCACAUAUGAGGACGUAAAAGAGCAUGUUUUUGUCAACCAAGAUGAAGAGGCGUCUGCGGCUGCACUGCAAGAGCUAGCCAUGCUCCAGCCGCGACUUAUCGACCUGAAGAACUUCAGCGACUUCUUUGCCGCAGAGCUUGGUCCGACUCUUGACACGGGUACAUUCUGGGGAUUGCUUGGCCUACUGCUAACAUUAGUCUUACAACACAAUCAGGCAAUGCGGCAAGUUGUCCAGAUGCUUAAGAAGCUGAGCAGGAAUUGUCAUGAUUUCAUGCUUCAUUGCCAACAGAGUUUCUCCAUCAAUAAGGAGGACAAGGAAUCCUGCUUUGAUAUAUGUGUGACAAUCACCACGUUUCUCGCGGAUGCUGUGCAAUUCCUGCGCCAAGCAGACGAUGAUUUCUCAGAGCUGACAUACCCUCACGACCGGCACGAUUCGAGAUGGACUGAACUGACCAAGAAGUUCACCACUGCCAUAGAUGAGAUCGAGGACACGCUCAGUCGCGUCGAGAGGGUCGCCGCCAUGUAUGAGAGACAGUACCGGGGUGACAGGGCUUCGUGGUUUUCCUAUCUCUCCCUCUCACCUCGCGCGUUCCGAGAUACGGCACUGCUACCUUGUUUCGUCCUUCCACCCACACAAACCGCCCGAUUCUUCAAUCGAGAAGAUGUGAUUGAAAAGAUUGAUAAACAUUUCCAAGACGGCGAUUCAACCCCGUCCCUACGCUCGCUGGCACUCUAUGGCAUGGGAGGGGUCGGUAAGAGCCACGUUGCCAUGAGAUAUCUAGAAAAGCGGCAGAUGGCCAAAGACUUGGACGCUAUAUUCUGGACCAAUGCCGAAAAUCCGGUUUCUAUCCAACAAAGCUUUACGGACAUUGCUAUUAGGUUGAAACUACCUGAUACUGGGCCAGCUACUCAUGAUGAAAAUCGAAUGAUUCUGAAAGGCUGGCUGCAGCAGACUGAAUGUAAGUGGAUGAUCAUCUACGAUAACGCAGAGACUAGCGAGCUCCUUCGAGACUACUGGCCUUUAUCCGGUAGUAAUGGUCGAGUCUUAAUCACAACGAGAAACCAUUCGAUCGGUUUCGAUCCAGCAGACGCUGGCGUUGAGGUACUCCCAUGGGAUAUCGAUACCGGCUCCAGGUUCUUGCUACAUCUUCUAACGGGACACAUCAGCGCCGAACUUUUGGUAAACGAAUCACAGUCUGCAUACAGCCUCUCUGAGAGGUUAAGUGGCCAUGCAUUAGCGCUGUCCAACAUGUGUGGCUUACUCCACCGUCGUUCAUGGUCCAUAUCAGAACUUGUCGAGGUUUAUGAUAGGUCCAGGGACUUCAAGGACGGGCUUGGACCCGUCUGGCAGCUAUCUUUUGAGAGCCUCCAGCCCGAUUGUGCUGCCCUAUUGUCUGCCCUUACUUUCUGUUCGCCUGACGAUAUCCCGCAGUCAUUGUUCGAGCUCAAGGAAGAUGCAGAAAACCUUACGGAUGACAUGCUGUGGUACCUUGACUCCGAUCGUCUGAGUACAGCUACAGAAGAUCUGUUGACGCUUGCAUUAGUCAAAAGAGACAGAUACGAGCGCGUAUUCUCGAUCCACCGUCUCAUCGCAGCCCAGUUCCGCCGCUUUUUGAGCCCCAAGGACCGCCAAAGGGGAUUUUUCGAAGCUUCAAUCCUAAUGUACAAUGCCUUUCCAAAGAGGCCGAAGAUGCCAGAGUCUGCCAGAGCCAACCUUUACAACGUUUGGGACAGGUGUCAAACUUGGUUGCAGCAUGUGCUGCAGCUCAAAAGUGGCUUCAUGCAAGAGCGAAAGCGGAAUCCGAGCUUCUCCGCCUGCAGAGAGACUUGCGAGACAUGGGUCCAAUGCCAACGCUUCCUCCUCGAGACGCAAAACUGGCGCGAGCUUGAGGACCUCGUCACCAUCAACAAAAUUGCCAUGGCCACGCUACCUGAAGCAGACAAGGAGAUCUACCUCCUCUCAUCGACCGAAAUUCAUGUAUCCUCGAUGUGGGCAUUUCGGGGCCAAUUCAAGCUGGCCCUCGAGAGUCUGCUGAUAGCGCACAGUCUCAAGCUGUCCGAGUGCCCAAUCGACCUCCAGAACACCUGUUGGAUCGAAGACAACCUGGCUACCAUUCAUGGGUGCUUGCUGGAUUUUAGCACCGCGAUCGAGUGGAUCGAGCGCAGCCGUGCGACGUGGAUGUGUUGGUCCGAGACGGCGGGCGUUGAGUUCAAGUGUCCCCCACUUCUGAUGCUAACACAUGGAAGAAUUUUGGCUCAUGGGCGAAGGCUCGAUGAAGCAAGGGCGCAGUUGAGCGAAGCGGUAGAUGGGUUUUUGUCUGCAGAGCCGUUUGUCUGGGCUCCAACGGCUACUUGCAAGUUCACCAUAGGACGGCUCCUCAUGUUCGAAGGGAGGUACGACGCCGCGGAAAGCAUGUUGAUAGAAUCUCAAUCCAUGUGGCUCCAAGGCGACAAAUCUCGCGCUCUAGACUUCAACGGUAUCAUUGUGUACCAUUUGGGUUGCUGCGCCUUGAUGCAGGGAAACAUCGAUGUUGCACUAAACCAUCUCCAAGAGGCCAAGGCCAUCAGCUCUAUUCACAAGAACACGCAUCCUGCCAAGUACGCUCGAUCUCUGUUCAAGCUAUCUGACGCACUGCGUCAGGUCCCUGAACGGGAGCCGGAAGCUGAUCAGCAGCUCAGAGAAGCGGAAGACUUAUAUUUCCAAAUCACCGGCAAGCCGCGGUCGACUACGGUAAAGGAGGAAGAUUUUGAUGCUCUUAUACACAUCAGUCAACGGUAG